CGGAUCGCCUCACCGCAAGGCGUUACACGCUCUCGCCCUCUGAAACUUCACAGUAAUAUUCAUCGAGACGCUUGCAGGAGAGAUGGACGGCGGCGGCGGCGGCGGCGGCGGCAAGCAUCUCAUCCACGUCCAUGGCCUCGGCCACGGCGCGUGGUGCUGGUACAAGGUGGCCACCAUGCUCCGCUCCGGGGGCCACCGCGUGACGGCGCUCGACCUCGCCGCGUCCGGCGCCCACCCGGCGCGCGUCGACGAGGUGGGCUCCUUCGAGGAGUACUCGCGGCCUCUCCUCGACGCCGUCGCCGCGGCUCCGGCCGGCGAGAGGCUGGUCCUCGUCGGGCACAGCUUCGGCGGCCUCAGCCUCGCGCUCGCCAUGGAGAGGUUCCCGGACAAGAUCGCCGCCGCCGUGUUCGUCGCCGCCGCCAUGCCGUGCGUCGGCAAGCACAUAGGCUUCACACAAGAGCUGAUGAUGGAAAGAUCUCCCAAAGAUCUUCUCAUGGACAGCAAAGUGAUGCCGAUCAGCAACAAACAAGGUUCAGGAACUGCAAUCCUCCUAGGCCCCAAUUUCUUGGCAGAGAGGGGCUAUGCACUAAGUCCAGCCGAGGAUUUAACCCUGGCAAAAUCAUUGGUGAGACCUGCCAACUGGUUCUUGGACGAUGAGAUGAUCAAGGAUGCCAAGCUGCUCACUAGCUCGAACUACGGUUCAGUGAAGAGGGUGUACCUGGUAGCCAUGGAGGACUUCGGCGUGGCGGCGCAGCGCGACAUGAUCGCGUUGAGCCCGGGCACAGACGUCGAGGAGAUCGCCGGCGCCGACCACACCGUCAUGUGCUCCAGGCCGAGGGAGCUCGCCGACCUUCUUGCUAAGAUAAGUGGCAAGUAUGACUGAUUGGUGAGGAAUUGGCCAAUGAAAGAGAGAGAAAAUGUGUUAAAUAUGUGAUCCGAAUUGUAACUGGAAUUAUAUCCGGAUUAGUUUCCU